AAAGAUGUUGCGUAUGUGCGCGCUCCCGCAGUCUUGUGUGAGCGUCGUUGUUUCGCUUUUCACGCCGGGGUGGAGACCCGGAGGAGAAGCGUCGUUGCUUCGCUAGAAACCUUUCCGGCGCUAGGACCCAGGGAAGGAGAGCGGGAAAGAGUCGGAGGGCCCAAGUGGGCGGAGCGAGUGGAAUCCAUGGAUGCUGAGCUGCGUCUCGCUGAGGGUCGCCGUUUGCUCAGGUAACCCGGGCCAGGUGCGUGGCGGGGGAUGCGAGCGAGCUUAAAGGGGUCGCCCAGCGCCCGGUCGGGGCUUCCUCUUCCCCCGGGGUGAACGGCCACGUAGGCGCGGCAGCCUGCGGCUCGGGCGGAGGCGGAAGUACGAGGCUGCAGCCAGGAGAACGCGGGUAGUGGAGAGUUAUAAGCCGAUGAUAUGAAAACAGCAACACGUGAAUGCACGCAACUUUAGCUGCGGGAGCAAGGGGCUCCGCCCUGUCCUCCUCUUGGUCCGUCCGUCCUGGAUCCCGUAUUCUGGGCGCUCCCUUUUUAAGAAGGAGCUCCGCUGCAGAAAGUAAACGAGGCGUAUCGUGGUGGCAGGAAGCGAAUUCCUAAGCCUUUACUGGUACAUCCGCCUGAAAGUUAUUAAAUCAUUCAGAUGUGGGAAGUGCUCAUAUUUUACGUUGGCUUCAGCCUUUUGGAAUUGCAUAGGGAAACACCUUUCCGGUUUCCCAGGGUUUAAUUUUUUUUAGUUGUGACUCUCUUUUUUUAGUGAUUUUGUGCAGUGCUGAGUGGACUGGCUCUACUAAUUUUGUAUGGCUGGCAUCUUAGAAGGUUAUUCCAGAAAAUGGGAGAUCUCCUGACAAAAAUAUGUAACUUGUCCCCUAGGUCUGAGGUUUGUAAUGACAAUUCUUUAAAAGGGGGCCUGAGAAAUUGCAGACUGGUUAGCAUAACUUCAGGUAAACUGUUAGAAAGCACUUUUGCAGUUAGCAAGCAUAUAGAAGUCACAAGUCUCGCUGAAGCAGUGUGGCUCCUGCAAAGAUAAGUCCUGCCUCAUUAAUCGUAUGGAGUAAGUUGAGAAUGUAGGCGAGUGGAUAGAGGUGAUCCAGUAGACCCGGCCUUUAUCAACCUGGAGCCCUCCAGAUGUUUUGGACUGCUGGAUGGGAGUUGUAGUCCCUUGUAUUAUUCUCUGUGGUUUUCCCAUAACUGGCCACUUGUGGGGAAACAGGAUGCUACACCAGAGGAGCCCUGUCCUGAUGCUGCAAGGCCCUUUUGUGUUGAUAGCACUGGGUUUUUGAGUGGUUGCCCUUCUUUAAUUUUGCUUACAGCCCAGCAGAGCUGCUGUCUGCUCGCACACGUGAUCACAAGGUCCCUCAGCGCUCACAUGGCCAGAAGGAUUUCCUCCGCGAUGGAUCGCAAGAGCAAGAGGAGAGGCUGCGGCAGUGCCGGGAAGAACACUGGCAGCUUUUGGAGGAAGAGCGUGUGGAGCGGUUGUACGUAGUGUAAUACCGCAAUAAUAUAGAAUAAUAACAAGCAACAAUUAAAACUGUCAUUUAAAAAAAAGCAUUCAGACAUCAAGGAGAGAUUAAACCACAUUUUGCUUGCAUGUGUUUAAGCCUAAAAACCACAAGAGAAUGGGCUACAGUACAAACCCGUCUAGGGAGGUUGUUUCAGAGCCAGGGUUACUGCAACGGAAAAUGUUCUGUCCCAUGUCCCAGGCAAUAAGUUUAAGGAUAUGGAACAAAGCAUUGGAUGAUGAGCUUUGUAUGGGUGUGCAGGUCCAAGAAGGCAGAGACAGUCUGACAGAUUGCCUGGUCUCAAACCGUUUAGACUGCUGGCCUGACCUAGAGGGUAAAGAAGCUUCAAACAUCAUUUGCCAGGCCACUAUAAGGAAGUACCGUAUAUUGCUGCCUCUGUGACUGAUGAGCACUGCCAGCCCUAUUCUGCAUAUUGAGAGAUGGAAGCAUGUAUACAGUGAAAUAACUGAAUGUGUUAAAAAUGUAGAUUCACAGUGCCUGCUUUCUUUGCAAGGCAAUUUGAAGCUGGAUAGAGAAGCAGUUUUUACAUAAGGAUAUGUACAUAAGUUGCCCCCUGAUCUUUUUUCAAAAGGUUGUGCUUCCAGCUAAGACUAAAAUGGUUUCUUAACCCCUUUUCAGUUAAGGUAACAGGAUAUAAUUUUAUUUAAACUUCUUUUGUAGGGGAAGUCUGGUGGCAGCUGAGUGGAAGCCCCAGGAAGGUAUUGUCGAGCUGAAAACCCCUGCUGUAAGUUGCACUGUUCAUCUUUAUGCUGUUGUUUCUUGCUCUUUAUUUUUUAAUUAUGUAGUGUCCCUACAGAGCCUGGCUUCAAAUAAAAAAAACCCCACCACACAGAGUGGAGUUUGGAUUGGGGUCUAGGCUUUGCCUGGUAUAGCUUUUCCUAUAGCACAGCUCGGUGUGGAAGCUGCUUUUGCAGUGUUCAGCUUGGGAGCAGCCAUGGCAGAGGGCUGGAUUGGUUUUGGAACCUGCUACUCUCCCUGGAGAGCAGCUUCUCUGGUGGGGCUGGCCAGUGCAGCGCUUAGACGAUGUGGCAUUCUAAGCCAGGCAUAGGCAAACUUGGCCCUCCAGAUGUUUGGGGACUACAACUCCCAUGAUCCCUAGCUAACAGGACCAGUGGUCAGGGAUGAUGGGAAUUGUAGUCCCAAAACAUCUGGAGGGCUGAGUUUGCCUAUGCCUGUAAGCAAAAGAUAAGGCAGGAAGGCCGCCACUGUAAUUGAAGCAUGGGACAUGGAUAGGUAGCCUGAGUAAGUAAUCUAGAGCUGCAUAGCUACAAGAAUGUCGUGCAGAGAUCUAGAUGGGGAAGCUAUGGGUAUCCUUAAAUAGCGAUGUGGAAGGUAGAUUGUGCCCCACUGUAAUCUUCUCAAACAGUAGCUUUCACAAAAGGUAGAAGGUGACACAUCCUCAAGCCUCACCUGCAAUUCAUGCCACAGGGCAACAGAUCAGGUUCUCCUCUUAUGUAUAGCCAAAAGCCUGAUGGAGAGGAUAUGACUACAUCACAAAGUACAGAAGAGAGUCUGGAAUAUUUUCCUUAAAGGAUCCAGCCUUUCUGGGCAUGCCUUACCUUGCAGAAAACCAUUUUGAAGGCUUGUGUAUCUGUCUAGAGCUAAUCCUAACAACUGACAUUUUCUUUCCUUGCCAGGGGAAAUUCUGGCAUACUAUGGGUUUUGCAGAGCACGGAAAGCAAUGCUUGCAUCCAGAAGAAGCCCUGUAUCUCCUGGAAUGUGUAAGUAGACCGGGCUUGCAGGCUUAAGAAAUUUUGAUUCCAUGUUUUUAUCAAGUGCUGAGUGGGAUUUUGCACAGGCAACUGCCUUCCCCUCCUCAUUUGUUCUGCAGCACCUCGCAGAAAGGUCUCAAGCUCCAUGAAGCCACCUGUCGCAGAAUAAAUGAUGAUCGUUUGCAAAUAUGCACAUUUAUCUGUGGAGCACAGAAGUAGGAUGGGGACAGAGGGGGAAGGAGAGUGCAGAAUGUGCACAGGGGUAAUCGUGCACUGCUAAGAAGAAUUGAUGUAACAAACCAUGCCUUGUAUUAUUGCCGUAUUCCACCCUAGCUGAAGUAAGGAGAGGAUGUUACUGUGUGCUUAGAAAAUAGCUGGCAUUGCCCCUUUGUGUUUUUAUGGUGCUCAAACCUAGACAGCAUCUUAAAAAGUAGAGACAUCACCUUGCAAACAAAGGUCCGUAUAGUAAAAGCUAUGGUUUUCCCAGUAGUGAUGUAUGGAAGUGAGAGCUGGACCAUAAAGAAGGCUGAUCGCCGAAGAAUUGAUGCUUUUGAAUUAUGGUGCUGGAGGAGACUCUUGAGAGUCCCACGGACUGCAAGAAGAACAAACCUAUUCAUUCUUAAGGAAAUCAGCCCUGAGUGCUCACUGGAAGGACAGAUCGUGAAGCUGAGGCUCCAAUACUUUGGCCACCUCAUGAGAAGAGAAGACCCUGAUGUUGGGAAAGAUGGAGGGCACAAGUGGAAGGGGACGCCAGAGGACGAGAUGGUUGGACAGUGUUCUCGAAGCUACAAGCAUGAGUUUGACCAAACUGCGGGAGGCAGUGGAAGACAGGAGUGCCUGGCGUGCUCUGGUCCAUGGGGUCACGAAGAGUCGGACACGACUAAACGACUAAACAACAACAAGAGAAGGGGUCAAUAUACCCUUGCUACAGUUUGCUCCAUUGUUUUCUGCUGCUUCCGUUGCCUGGUUGCCUCUUCUUGUCACAGACUGAGAGCAGACUCUGUUACACUAGUGUCACCUUCCCCAGUUGGACUCCCAACUCUCAUCACUCCUAGCCAGCGUGGUCAGUGGUCAGGGAUGAAGGGGGUUGUCAUCCCAACAACAUCUGAAUACCUAAGGUUGGGAAAAGCUGCCCUUGUUCUUUGUAAAGGGUAGGCAGUGUGUACCUGUUCCUAUGGAUCUGUAAGCACCUGGGUGCAUGUGUUGGGAUUGGACCAGGUCCCCAAAACCUUCUUGCAAUAGAUGUUAAGGAUCCUAUUCAGCUCAAGUUGGACACACCCUCUGUUCUCCACCUUAAUACAUGCUGUUGCCCUAAAUCCCCAAGAGGGAAGGUUAAAGAAAAAGCAAUGUACUUUUGAGUUAAAAUGGGCUGGCUGGCUCCUGAGACCACAGAAUAUGGUCCCCACAGAGUUUUAGGCAGGCUUUAAUUCCUAAAUGUUAUGCUCCUGUCUUCUAGGGAUCUAUUCAGCUGUUCUACAGAGGCCUGCCUAUGUCAGUUCAGGAAGCCUAUGAGAAUCUGCUAUCCCAGAAGACAGUGAGCCUGAUGAAGUACCAGGUAUGCCUCAGGAUUUGGGUUUGGCUGCAGGUAUUCAAUCUCGUGGAAAAGUCAACAAAGCCCAAGCUCACACGUACGGCACUGAAUUGGAAUGAAUGAAAAUGGUGAGAGUUCUGCAGCAAACACAGAACCACAUUUGGAGACGUAUCAAUCUGUGUUGGCGAAGUAUUUAGUUUCUGAGUGAUGGAAGGAGUUUCUCUCAUUCCCUGGGGACUGGGAGUUGCAUGGAGGUUCAAAGCAAAGAGCCCUGUGCCAAUUUAGUUACCACAAUAUAGUUAGCAGAUGCAUUUACUCUGGCAGCGAAGGAUGUGUGUCAGUAUACUACCAGUGUUUUGGGCUUUCUGUUAAGUAACAUAGGAGACUUAAAAUAUUUUUCACGCUUCAAUAUUGUAUGAAAGCAUAAACAAUAAUCUGCUGUGGUAUCUGAUAGCUCUAUAGCCCUUUUAUUUUUUUAAUUACUUUUUAUAAAAGUUUGUGUGUGUGUGAGAGAGAGUGUGUAUACGCCUCCUCUUUUUCUUUCUUUUCCAUAAUGGGAAGUUAAGAUCUGUGAGUCUGGCGGUAUAUGUUGGCAUAAGGGCUCUUCAGCUGAUUUGUGGCAUUCUCCACAAGGGUGAAUGGUGCCUGUGAUUAUGUUUGGAAGAGAAGUGCAAGCCUCUCUGGCAUCUUACCAGGUGCUGCAGCACAGGCUAUGAGCUACUCUCCUUGUAAAUAAUAAUAAGUGCUUUGGGGUGGCAAAGCAUUAACAUGCAAAGCAAAAUGAGUCACGAUCACUCUGCAAAUAUUGUUUUUGUUUUGUAAUGUGUUUUGGAGAAGCUUAUAUGAUAAAUGUGCCUUUGGCGACAUGGAUCUGAGACAGAUUUUUAUUGUUACUAUUUUAUUUCCUAAAAUUUAUACACCGCUUGAUUGUAAAAACAACACCUCAAAGCAGUUAACAAAAAGAUAAGGCGAUAAAAUCAAGCAAAAUUACAACCCAACUUCAAAACAUACUAAAGUUAAAAUACUAAAACCGAUUAAAAUUACCUCAAGUUUCUAAGCGUCUGGGUAGGCUUGUCUAAACAAGAAUGUUUUUAGCAGGUGCAGAAAGGGGUGAAGGUGCCUGCUUGGUCUCAAUAGGUAGGGAGUUUCAAACUGUUGGUGCUGACACACACACACACACACACACACACACACACCCUACCCCUACACACCUCUGCUGGAGAGGCAAUAGCAGCAGCUGAGCAGAAUGGCUUUCCGUCAUGGGUAAUGUUGAUUCAAGUUUUGUUGUAUGAUCCUGAAAGGACACAAAAGUCAGACUUCAUUUUCAUCCCUGUUUUAAGGUAUUCAGCCACUUGAAAAGACUGGGUUACAUCGUUCUGAGAUUCCGUCCCAGGUAAUUGUUUGAUGGUGGUCUUUCCCCCUCCCUUAGAACACCCUUCUCAAGGUUUUCCUUUAGGCACCCCCUUAGCAUUGCAUGUUGGUUCCUUCUGUCUCUCUCGCACUCCCUCCCUUUUGACACCCCAACCUCCCAAGGUUAGUGCAUACCUUCCCAUCCUUUGGGUCAGUCAUGAGACCUGUAUAUGGAUUUUGCUUCCCACUUCUUCCUUCGAUUUCAAAUGAGUCUGUGGAUUAAUCAGCUGAAGAGCUGAUAACCAAGCGGAAGGGCGGUUUCCUAUCAUCAUUUCUGCGUUGCUAAAAAGGGUUUUGCAUCUAAGAGUGAAUGGCAGGUCUUGGUUUCCAUUCCUCCUUCUCCUUCCAUGGUUCAUUUUACAUAUCUUGCAUCCCUGCAUAUUUUACAAUAACCAUUCAAAUCAAUUUCCCACUAUUACAUCCAUCAAGAAUUAUUAACACUGUUGAAUUUAUCUUAAUGUUGCCAGCGUUUUCAGCUGUACAUGGCUAUUUUCCAUAUACUCAAUAAACAUUUCCCAAUCUUCUUUAAAUGUAUGUUCUCCUUGCUCUCUUAUUCUGUAUGUUAAAUCUUCAAGCUGUGCAUAUUCUGUCAACUUGAGUUGCCAAUCCUCUUUAGCCGGGACCUCGCUCACUUUCCAUUUUGGGGCUAACAAAACACGGGCUGCAGUUGUUGCGUACAUGGAUAACCUUUUCUGACACCUGGGGAUUUCAGUCUGGGUUAUCCCCAGCAGAACGGACUCUGGUUUUCUGGGGGAAAGUAAUUUUAAACAUUUAUUUUUUUUCGGUUCAUCAUAGAUCAUUUCCUAAUCCUCUUUUACCUUUUUACAUGUCCACCACAUAAUAAUUUAUUAUUUAUUAUUUAUACCCCGCCCAUCUGGCUGGGCUUCUCCAGCCACUAUGGGCGGCUUACAACAAACCACUCCAACAAAAUAUUAAAAUACAGUAAUACAUCAAACAUUAAAAGCUUCCCUAAACAGGGCUGCCUUCAGAUGUCUUCUAAAAGUUUGGUAGUUGUUGUUCUUUUUGACAUCUGGUGGGAGGGCGUUCCACAGGGCGGGUGCCACUACUGAGAAGGCCCUCUGCCUGGUUCCCUGUAACUUGGCUUCUCUCAGUGAAGGAACCGCCAGAAGGCCCUCGGUGCUGGACCUCAGUGUCUGGGUAGAACGAUGUGAAAGAAUGUUCCCUCCACCUCUUUACACUUCCAGCACUUAUCUGCUUCUGUCUUGUAAAUCUUAGCCAACCUACUCAGAGUUUAAUACCAUCUUCUGAUUUCCCUUUUAACUCCACAGCACUGUUCCAACGCCAUAUGAGAGGCAGCUGAAUCUGGAUAGCCACUGCCAGGGCACAGAGAGAAGCCGCAGCAAGAGGCGGAGGAGCUCCAGCCCUCGGUAAAACCAUACAGAUGCUGGGAGUGGUGCCCUUGACUGGCUAGCCCUAGGUGGGCAUGUUACUGCAUACUGUGAAAUGUAUCAGUUCUGUUUCUGUCCCGUCCCCCCGGCAAUUUUCAUGUUUGCCACUUGCCACAAUGUAGGGGUGGUCAAUUUGGUGCCCUGCAGAGGUUGCUGGACUCCAGCUCCUAUCAUCACUAAUCAUUGGCUAUGCUGGCUGUGGCAGAUUGGGAGCUUGGUAUCCCAACAUCACCUGGAAGCCCGCAGGUUUUGCACCCAUUCCCAAAGGGUAGGUAAAGGUAAAGGGACCCCUGACCAUUAGGUCCAGUUGUGGCCGACUCUGGGGUUGCAGCACUCAUCUCGCUUUAUUGGCCGAGGGAGCCGGCGUACAGCUUCUGGGUCUUGUGGCCAGCAUGACUAAGCCGCUUCUGGCGAACCAGAGCAGCGCACAGAAACACUGUUUACCUUCCUGCUGGAGUGGUACCUAUUUAUCUACUUGCACUUUGGCGUGCUUUCGAACUGCUAGGCUGGAAGGAACAGGGACCGAGCAACGGGAGCUCACCCCGUUGCGGGGAUUUGAACCGCCGACCUUCUGAUCAGCAAGCCCUAGGCUCUGUGGUUUAACCCACAGCGCCACCCAUGUCAGUGUAAAGAGUCAAGAACUCAAUAAGAGCAGUCAUUGUGUUAGAUAACAGGUGGGGCCUAAUUGAUUCCUUCGAAUACUGUGACCUUGCUAGUUUGUGAUGGUAAAGGAGCAUGCCCAUGUUUUAUUUGUCUGGGGCCUUCAUUAUACAUCUUUAGGUGCCAGGCGAAAACAUUAUAAGGGAAGAUAGUAAUUAGUCCUCCCAGCACACCAGGUCUGAAACUACAAUGUUUAUGAAGGGUUACACAAGUGAAAUGGAUUUUAUAUUUAUAAGAUGUAACAGAGGCCCUGUUUGUAAGGGGGGUAAAGGUCAGCUGCAAGAAUGGACUAACGACCAGUGAAGGAUGAUGACUGGACAUUAAACGAGAUGAUGUGGCUACGGGAGGAAAUGGAUUGACUUAUGUUUGCAAGAGGAGUUGGAAACCUGAUUUUAAGAAAUUGUAUUAAAUUUAAGUAAUUUGGUUUGAUUUGUAAUAAUUUGGAAAUAAUUUUUAAAAAAUAAUUAAAGAAAAAGAAAACAUUCCUCUUCAACCAGGCCUUUGGCUGAUUAAUAUUCUAUGGUCUUUUAAAUAUGUUUGUGGGAGGGGCAUUUUUGUUUUGUUUUUGUUUUAGCUGUUAAUUUUGUGCUUCUAUCCUUUUUUUUAUCUUGUGAACCACCCUGAGACCUUCAGGAGUAGGGUGGUAUAUAAAUAAUAAUAAUAAUAAUAAUAAUAAUAAUAAUAAUAAUAAUAGUAAUAAUAAUAUCAUCACCACCAGGUUCAAUUCCUGGCAUCUCUGGUUUAUUAUUAUUAUUCAUUAAUUUCCCUUUGGUUAGGUUGUCACAAGACAAGAAACCCAAAGCAUCAGAGAAGUCUCAGGAGUGCAGAGAGUCGCCCCAAAAGACCAGGAGGUAUCACGAGAGUUCUAAGCACGCGACAUCUGAUGAUUCAUCCAAGGAAAGCACGAAGGCUUCAGAUCCUAAAACUGCAGUUGUGGAGCCAACCCCAUCUUGUAGCAUCCCAAGAGACGCUCCAGCUCGUGCUCAAGAUGACAAGAAGAGGUCCAGCAAGACCUUUUGUGGGGACCGCAGCGACGUCGCUCCUUCCCGCUGGGAUUACACCACUAUUGCUUUCCCUAACAUGGGUGCCGAUUGCUCGCAGACCCUCCUGGCAGAGCCUGAUAAGAGGCUCCUUCCGGAGAACGUAACGGCCCGGGAGGUUGAUGCAACCCGUUGGCGCAGGAAGCUCAACCAGAAGCACGAGAGGCUGACCCGCAAGGAGCGGGAACAGCUGAAGUGGGAGAGCAGGUACAAAAGCAGCGUCAACGAGGAUAGAGAAGUCCGGCUUUGCUCCACUUGGCAAGAGUAUAAGGCGCUUCUGAAAGAGAGGAGGCGGUGGAAGGAACGGAACCGCCCUGCACACCUCUGGGAGCAGGCGGUCACCCCACUUGUGAAGCCAGACCAAGAACUGUCAACAGGUAUUGUUGAAAAGAGGCUUUGUUCACUUUUGCGGGAGGGUGACGGGCUAGAAUUCAGGUUUCCCCAGAGGCUCCUGAAGGGCAGUUCUUACAUCAGUCCUCUGGACGGAGCAACUCCUUCAGAGGGAUGACAUUCCCAAACAGGCCUAGGACCAGGCCAAGAAAUUCUCCAUUGCAUGCACCUUUCAAGCUGAUGCCUCCAGGGAUGUGAUGCUAUUGGUGGCAAGAACCAUUGGGGCAGAGUGCCUACUAGCUUGGUAACCCAGUUCAUUAUUUCCCCCUUUAUAUUGCCUUCACCGCAUCUUUUUCUGUGCCUUCCCCUACUGCCUAGCUACUUAUUUUUUUUAAAAAAUUUUUUUUAAUAAUCAUAAAUUAAUAAGAAUAAAAAUGUGCACCCCACCACCGAGACUAUUCCAUUGUAACUAUCCAACCUCCCAAAAUUUUAACACCUCUUGUGAUGGUUUGACCCCUUUCCAUUUUAACAGUACAAAUUCGACAAACACCUUCCAUAUCUCCUCAAAAUCAUUUCUCCUUCAUAUUCCCCGUCUUACCUUAAUGGCACAUGUUAAUUUAUCAUUCAUAGCUAUAUCCCACACCUUUUUUUUUUUUUAACCAUUCAUCCAUUUUAUAUUCUGCCUGUCCCUUCCACUUCCUAUCUGUAAUAAUUUGUGCAGCUGUCAAUAAAUUUGUGAGCAAGUCCUUCAUAGCCUGUGAACCUUCCACCCCAUUGUAAAUUGCUAAUAAUGCUACCUCCGGACUUUCGGUCAGCUUUAACUCAGUGAUUUCUGUUAUCUCCUUAAUCACCCUUUGCCCCCCCCCCCAAAGUACAUAUUUAUACCCCCACCACGUCUGAACAUAAUUCCCGGUUUCCUGGCAUCCCCUCCUGCCCGGUUACUUCAAUUAGAAAACCUUCUUGUACUUUGAGAAAAUCAGUACAUGCUCGCCCACCCUCUUUCUAUUUACCAAAUUUGCAUUUUAUUGCUGCAUAGACUUCAUUCUCUUUGCAUGCAACUAUUCUCAUUCACAGAUCCUCUGGGCAGAAGGAGAGGAAGGUGCAUAUAGCUUUGUUGGAGUGGAGGGUGCGGUGGUCAGAAUGAUGAGAAUGCCUAAUCAGGGCAGAUAAGAUCUUUGAAGAACGCAUGCCCCUAAUCCAGACCUCUCUUGUGUUCUUCCCACUAGCGAGUGUGCUCCAACAGAUCAGUGUGUUCCAGCCCUCCCAUAUCCUGGAUGAGGCAUCUCUGUAAGUAUCAAAACUAGAAAGCUGGCCAAAUGCUUUUUAAUCUCUCUUCAGUGGUUCUAGGUGUUAGCAGCUAUUCUAUACUUUGUAUACUGACUUUAAAAUAUUCUACUCCUGAUUUUAAGUUGAAACAUAGCUCAGUUGGUUAGACUCGCAGGGGCCAGCAAACUUUUUCAGCAGAGGGCCGGUCCACUGUCCCUCAGACCUUGUGGGGGGCCAGACUAUAUUUUUUGGGGGGGGGAUGAACGAAUGCCUAUGCCCCACAAAUAACCCAGAGGUGCAUGUUUAGGGAAGUUUUUAAUAUUUAAUGCUGUAUUGUUUUUAACACUCGAUUGGGAGCCGCCCAGAGUGGCUGGGGAAACUCAGCCAGAUGGGCGGGCUAUAAAUAAUAAAUUAUUAUUAUUAUUAUUAUUUAAAUAAAGGCACACUUUCUACUCAUGUAAAAACACCAGGCAGGCCCCACAAAUAACCCUGAGAUGCAUUUUUAAUAAAAGGACACAUUCUACUCAUGUAAAAACAUGCUGAUUCCCGGACCAUUCGCAGGCUGGAUUUGGAAGACAAUUGGGCCGGAUCCGGCCCCCGGACCUUUGUUUGCCUACCCAUGGGUUAGAGCAUGGCACCAAUAACGCCAAGGUUGCAGGUUUGAUCCCUGUAUGGGACAGCUGCCCAUUCCUGCAUUGCAGGGGGUUGAAUGAGAUGUUCCUCAGGGUCCCUUCCAACUCUCCAGUUGUGUGAUUCUGUGGCAGCUCAUGAACUUCGAAUGCUGUUUUAAAUUAUGUGCCAGACACGUGCUUACCAAAGGACUAACAUCCAAACCAACUAAUCAUCAUGGGCAAAGCGCAGUGUGUACCUGAAUGCCCCUGCUUCUUCCAGUCAUAGAAGUGGGAGGAUAUCAGUUGCAAGUUCAGUUCAGAUUUAUCUGCUUGCCAUUCAUCCUUGUCAGUAGAGAACAUCCUUUGAGAGACGCUCUCGUUCAUGAGUCUCAGACGGUGGCAAUGCUUGGAAUACUGAAAUCCAGAGCCUGUGGUUCCAUAUCUGAUAGGGAAGCUUUGUAAUUCUGGGUUGUGUAAAGACUGCAUAAAUCAAGUUAAAGACUUGUUUGCUGUUAAUUGGGAGCAUGCAAAUGAAAUCUGCUAUGUGUGGUGGUUGGGGAGGUGGAUUUCAGAGCCCAGAGGAAACACUGCUGUCUGUUUAAAAGCUAAUGUCUAACCUACCUAGCUGUGGAAUUAAUCUGGAUGUCUGUUAAAGCAGGUAUGGCCAAACUUGGCCCUCCAGCUGUUUUGGGACUACAGUUCCCAUCAUCCCUGACCACUGGUCCUGUUAGCUAGGGAUGAUGGGAGUUGUAGUCCCAAAACAGCUGCAGACCAGACUGGAAGACCAGAGUGUGUCUUUGCUAUCCUUCUGAGUUCCCUGGCCUCAUUAUGAUGCCCACUCUCAACCCCCUCUCCCAGCCAACUCUUUUAACACCUCAAGAAGUUAUGGGUCCCCUUCCCUUAAUUCCACUCUAGAUCCUGCCAAAAUAUGCUGUAGCUAAAGAUGUGCUUUCCUGUUUUUCCCUCCUCUGGUACUUCUCUGUGGGUACAGGAGACCUUUAAAGCUUUGUACUGAUAACUAACCUCCUCAACAGACUGCAGAACGAUACCAGGGAUAUGAAGAUUGAUUUUGAUGUGUAUCAAGCAGAUGUGGCUUCCAGCUUCAAGAAGAAUGACCCUGGGAAGCCUUACGCCCGGAUGUGUGUUCGGAGGUACUAGGCACUCAUCAGUUUAUUGAUCAGCAAAGCUACAUAUUCUAAUCUGCUAAAGAAUUUAGCUUACAGUUUUGUUAUGGAGGGAGCCUAAGCCUGCCUUCAAAAAAGUGGGAGUUAGCUCUAAUGGGUUGCAUUAACAAUCAAUUUUUAGAGUACUGUAGUUGAAUGGUUUGAAGUCCUUAAAAGCAAUGUACAUGCUGAGAAAGUGGAACUCUUCCGCAGUCAGUCACCAAGGAUGCCUGCCUUUAGAGAGGAGAUCGUUCCAGCUGGGCAGCUUCCUGCUGCUGUCCAGGUGUGGGUGUAAGUAUAAGAGAGUCUUCCACCAACCCAAGAGACACACAAGGACUGUCUUGUUAGUAGUGCUCUUUGAUUUGGAGCAGGAACCUGGUUGUGGAGACCAUGUGAGGACUCUGAAUCCCAGCUGCUGAAUUCCCUAGCCCCCUCUAUACUUUCUGGUUCUGUGGCCGAUAUUUUAGCCCAGAGGUUUUCAAUCUCUUUGAGUCCACGGCUCCCUUGACCAACUACAUUCUUUCUGUGGCACCCCUGUGGGGCUCAGGAGCCCAGUUAUAUCACCCCUGGCCUGCAGAGCUGGUAGCCCCUCACCGUUUUUCGAACGCUCUCCCUUGUUGGGUGUUCCCUCAGGUUCCUCUCCUCUCUCUUCUCCUUGGGAGUCCUCUGAGCAGCCGCUGCUGCUGCCCCUGGUCUCUGAGCUCCCCCUCUGUCCAAAAGAGAGGUGCCUCCUCACACUGCCCCACAUGGGCCUGGGACUUACCUGUCCAUUCCCAACAGCAAGGGCUGGCAGACCAGCUGGCUGGGCUCCCUCACCCACUUGCUUGUUUACUCCGAGGCCGCCUUAGCUCCUGGCAGCCAGCACCCCCUGACCAGCCCCCAGCAACAGAGCGCAUACUUGCACUGCCAAUCAAGGGUGUCUUACCCAUAGAGGCUAGUGGCGCGGGGCGCCAAGUUCUGGAGGGUACCAGGGAAGAGGCAGAGCCUCCCGACAUCAGCUCGCCGCCUCCGCCAUGCCACGCCAAAGUAGUGCUAUGCCUGGAGCCUCCGUCUGCCAUGGCCACCAUGGCACGAAGCAGCCAGCUGAGCCAGGAGGCGCCGUGUCCAGCCUCUGGCUCUUCCCCGCUGGAGGAGCCACCCUCCAGACGCUGCCUGCCUCCUCCAGUCCCACCGGCAGCGCCAUCCUCCCUAAAAAAACUCUGGGAAAUGGGGGGGGUGCCGGAGGGAGCUUUGCACCACGGCACCGGAUAUGCUUAAGACGGCCCUGACUGCCAUGGCACACUGGUUGAAAACCACUGCUUUAGCCAAUACUUACUUGCAUGGUUAACAAAAUUCUGUCCCUAAUCAUGAGGGCUUAAAAUUCCCUGGCCCCCCCCCCCCCCACUGAACACAGUACUAGAUUCCCAGGAAUUUACAUAUGUCACCAGACAGCUAGAUCAUGGGAAUACCAGUUUCCCAACCUGCUCCAAGUUAGAUUAUCCAGGAUGUCUUUUUUCAGAAAAUCAUGCAUGUUUGCUGUUGAGAAAGAUAAGCAUCUCUCUCUCUCUCUCUCUCUCUCUCAUAGGUUUGAUGAGCCGAUCCCAUCCCUGAGGGCAGUGAAGCAGCUUGCUUGCCAAAGUGGAGAUGUCACAGUGGUCUUUGCACUAGUAGACAAUGGAGACAUCGCUUUCUACUCUUUCAAGGAAUUCAAGCUGCCUGUGGACGUUCAUCCCUGAUGUUCCUGCUGUCACAUCGGGAAACAUCUUUGGAACUGGUGUGUGUUUUAUACAAAAUAUUACUCAGGACUAUAUAGAAUUUAAUAUCUACCUACCUUGUGUCACCCGUAGAUGCAAUUUUCAUGCAGCAAGAGCCUGCCCAUUUCAUAAAAGCAAAGAGUAGUUCAAACAAAACAAACAUUUCUGGACAGAAACGUGCAAAUGUAUUUUGUUUGGUCUUUGCCUGGACAUGGCAUAGUGGCUCUGCCAAUCUGGAAUGAUUUGCUAGUUAUUUGAUGCCAGGGAAGUGUUUCCAUGAUAAAUAAUGUUGCUCGUACCAUCUGGAAGCCUUGGCAAACAUAAACUCUAGAAACCAACAUUCAGUAUCAGUGAUUCAACAAGUGACGCAGAGCAAGCCAUUACUGCAGGGAUAGCCAAUGUUGUUGGACUGCAACUCUCAUCAUCCCUGACCAUUGACCUCGCAGGCUCUGGCUGAUGGGAAUUGUAAUCUAACAUCUGGAGGACCAUAUUGUCUUUCCCUGUGUUUAUUGCAUGAUGUUCUUUCUAGUCACAGAACAGCCAGUGAAAACCUGAGAAUAGUCUUCUGUGGUUGGGCAGAUAGAUGAUUCUUCAAGUGCUUUCCCCACCCUCUUCAACAGCAAUGAUCUUCCAGAGGAAAGGAAACUACAGAACACGGAGAUCUUGCAGAGAGUCCAUGGAAAAAGACACCACCAGUUUGUGUGUGUGUAUGUUAUUUCCAUAAAGUUAGUGAACCUUUAAUUAUUCAGAGCUGGAGUCAUUAUUACUGAGCUGCCAUACUUCUGCUUUACAGCUUCUCUCCAGGAUGCAAAUUGAUAUUCCCUGUUGAGAAUUAACUGUCUAUAUUACAAAGUUUAUUUAUAACCCUUGCUGCUAUGGAGUUUUUUUCUUCUUCUCCAGAUACCAAAUUUCUGCCUCUUUUUUGCCUAUGAACUUGCUACAGUCGUUGAAGCCAGAAAGCAGUUAUCAAAAAUAAAGGGCCUGUGUGUUUUUUCCUAAGAAAUUUUAGAGGUAGUUUUGUUUAUGAAGGUUGGGGUUUUUUUGCCAAGUGUGGAGGCUAAAGCAAUAAAAUAACAAUUAGGUUUACAUUAA